CUCACAACCAAACUCUGGGGAGGGAAGAGGACAGCUAACUGGUGGUCAUGAUACAGCCAAUACUUCUACUCCUGCUACUGGCAGCCAUGUCCUCACCAGUGUUUGGGACUGAGGUAUCAGUACUAGAGGGAACCUCUGUUACCCUUGUCUGCACAUACCUAGGGGUUAAAAAGCUUGAGACAUGCUGGGGCAGAGGUUGUGGAUUUGUUCAGUGUACUGAUCCCAUAAUGGAAGAUCAAUCCAAAUAUAACAUUAACGCUGAAGUUGGAACAGUGAAUCUCACCAUUUUAAAGCUACAGCCGACAGACCGUGGGAGCUACUGCUGCAGAGUCUAUGUCCCUGGAAUGUUCAAUGAUCUUAAACAAUUCUACAGCCUGAAGGUAGUCAAAUGUUGUGUGAGGGACCUACUGGACAACGUCCAUUUUCUGGGGAACAAUAUUGCGAAACAGCCAUUUACAACCGAAAAUGCAAGUCAGUGCAGGCAGGAAUGCACCAGAAAUGACACAUGCCAGUACUUCACAUUUGUUGAUGAAAACGCAGGAAUAAUAGUCCACAGAAACAAAUGUUUCCUGAAGGCCUCAACUGGUCAUACGCCUGUAAUUACAAUACAGCACCUCCAACAUGCAACCUCAGGCUACUCUCUGAGAAACUGCAGUGGUAAAGUCACCUACUCAGUCAAGAAGUACAGCCUCGUCGCUGAGAAGAAAAACUGGACCGAAGCACAAGAAUACUGCAGACAACACUACACAAACCUGGCCAUCAUACACACAGAAGAGGAUUGGAAGGCAAUUCAAUCCUCUUUGGGUGAUUUCAGUGGUGAUGUGUGGAUUGGGCUCCAUAGGUCUGGUCAAACUGAAAAGUGGAAGUGGUCUGAUGGACAGGACUUCAUGUUCUUUAACUGGGAAAAAGGUUUUGGUGUCCACACUGAGGGUUUUGACUGUGUCUUGUCUAUUUCAUCUCAUUGGCAACCAGUGGAUUGUGCAGCCCUAAGUCAGUAUAUGUGUCAACGAGUUCGUCAUGGUAAUGGAACAACAGAGAGGGUGUAUGAGCUGAUGCCUGGGGCAACGAUGUGGCAGGAUGCUGUGACAGACUGCAAGACAAUAAAAGGCAGAGAACUGGCGAGUAUCUGUAACCAGAAAGAACAGGAAGCCUUUGAUGAGUUGACUACAGGGGCCACCUGGAUUGGACUUAAGCACAACAAUAAACUAUGGGAAUGGUCAAACAGAGAACCAUUUCAGGAAAGUGAACAUACCUGGGUAGGUGGAAACUGUCAACAGCUGAACUCAAACAGAAAAUGUACUCCAAAAGAUUGCUCUAAUCAAAGUGCUUUCUUUUGCUAUGGAGACGAACAUCCACUUAAUACCACUGGGGAUUCGACCACUCCUGUUACCCCUGAAACCACCAGCCCUACUUCAACUGGACCUCCCUCUAUCAAGACAUCCACCACAACAACUACCACUUUACUACCUACUACUACUAAUGGACAGUCCACCACCUCACCACAUACCACCACUAAUGGACAGUCCACCACCUCACCAACUACCACUACUAUUGGACAGUCCACCACCACACCAACUACCACCACUAAUGGACAGUCCACCACCUUACCAACUACCACCACUAAUGGACAGUCCACCACCUCACCAACUACCACUACUAUUGGACAGUCCAACACCUCACCAACUACCACUACUAUUGGACAGUCCACCACAACACCAACUACCACUACUAUUGGACAGUCCACCACCUCAACUUCCAGUGGACAACUGACCUCAUUGGGUCCCACCUCCCCAGACAGGAAGUCCACAUCCUCCCUUAGUAGUACAACUUCUCCACUCCAUCCUGAUUACCUGCACUACUUCAAUGAGUCCAAGAGCUGGAUCAAUGCCCUGGAGUUCUGUAAAAGUCGUCGCUCCAACCUGGUGCACAUCACCAACCAGACCGUGCAGACUGACUUGACCCAGCUCCUGGCCAAUGUGGAGCUGCCAUGUGGGGGGGUGUGGAUUGGUCUGGAGCGGUCCAUCUUUGAGUGGAGCGCCCCCUGGCUGUGGACCAGUGGGGAUGUUGAUAAGGUGGUGAAGUACAGUGAGUGGCACAGCUGCUUCCCCCUCAACCCCAUGAAUUACCACUGUGGUAAGAUGGUCCGGGUUGGUAACAGAGAACUGAAGUGGCUGGAUUCUUCCUGUCAUCAGGAAUUACCCUUCAUCUGUCAAGAUCUCCACUAGAGGGCUCUCCAUGUCAUUAUGGACAGUCUGCAGACAGACCACACUGAUAUGCCAGAGAGACUACCACACUCAUGGUCUGGAGGGAACCUGCAUUUCAGUUCAUUAUAUUAUUACACUACGAUUAUUAAUAUUAUUACUACAUUAACUUAUUAUUAAUCUCUAUUACAUGAUAUUGCUUAAUGAUACUCUACUUACAUAUACAAACUUAUAAGCAUUGUUAUUUGACUGUAAUGUACUGUAAUACUUUAACUAUUUAAAAACAGAGUAAAGAAAGGUAAAGUAAAAGUUAUUAACUGAAAAUAUAGUAUAACUCCUGUGUGAUCUGUACUGUUUGAGAACGUGUACUGUACUGUUUGAAAACGUGAUUUAGUUAGAAUGUCAUUUUUAUUUUUGUACUUUCUGCAUAAACAUCCAUUUAGCAUUUGAUCAGUGUGGAAUUUUAUUAUUUGUAGAAAGUGCAUUGAGUGAUUAAUCAAAAGCUAUUAAAAUGGUCAUAAUGUA